AUGUCGGAACACUACCUCGACGCCCUGGUCGUCGGCACCGGGUUCUCAGGCAUCUACGCUCUCCAAUCCCUCCUCGAACAAAACCUCAAAGUCAAAGCAAUCGAUGCCGCCUGCGACGUUGGCGGUACCUGUGAUACUUGGUCGCACCUGUAUCGCUACUCCUUCGACUACGACAAGUAUGACCUACGCAGACACAUGCAGUUUAACACGGACAUGGCUAGCGCCGUUUGGGACGAAGGCACAAGCACAUGGCGAGUGUCCUGCAAGACCGGCGAUGCCAAUUACCCUGGUCUUCCUGGUCUGCAGGCGUUCCACGGCAAGAUAAGGCACACUUCUUCUUGGGACACGGAGCUAGACCUCAAGGGUAAGCGAGUUGGUCUUGUCGGCGUGGGUUCCUCGGGUGUGCAACUCGUGCCCGCCGUUGCGGACACCCGUCCAGUCCCUGCACGUCUUCAUUCGCCCGGCGACCGUGCACUCACCGCGCAUGAGCGCGAGGAGAUUUUCAGAGAGUUCCCCAAAAUCUGGACUGAGACUCGCACCUCGCGGCUCGCCAUCGGGUUCCCCGAGCUCUCGCGAGAGGCCAUGGCGUUGUGCCCCGCAGACCGCGAAGACGCCUUCGAGCGCCUGUGGGAAGCCGGAAGUGGGCUGCAGUUCCUGUUUGGUGGGUUCACGGAUUUGCUCACGGACCCCGUUGCCAACGAGGAGGCUUGCAAGUUCAUCCGGAGGAAGAUUGAGGCGAUCGUCCUGGAUCCACAAAAGCGGAAGGUGCUUACGCCAGACGAGCCGUAUGCACGUCGUCCGCUGUGUGCGAACGGUUUCUAUGAGCAGUUCAACCGAGAGAACGUCUUUGCGGUGGAUAUCCGGACCCAUCCCAUUGUGAAGAUUGAAGCAGAGGGGAUCCGCACGGCGGAUGGAAGGUUGCAUGAAUUAGACGUCAUCAUUUUCGCAACGGGGUACGACGCAAUGGACGGAGCGUAUGUUCGGUUGGACAUUCUAGGCCAAAAAUCAGGCGGAAACCUUCGGGAUCUUUGGAAGGCAGAAGGCCCAGCGAGUUAUCUGGGACUUUCCGUACCAGGUUUUCCUAAUCUCUUGAUGAUCAACGGGCCACAGACGCCGUUUGCUAAUAUCCCUCCCAUAUCAGAGGAGAAUGUAAACCUCAUAGUGGAUCUAAUAAAGCGGGCUGAGGAGGUCAGUCAGCAGGAGAAUCGCCCCUGUUUGAUUGAAGCAACUGAAGAGGCACAACGCAAAUGGGGCGAGCACUGCGACGAGAUCGCCAACAGCACUCUCCUGAAGCAGGUACCUCAAUGGCUCUUCGGCCAUAAUGUUCCCGGCAAGGUAGUCUCCACGUUAUUCUAUUUUGGUGGAGUCGGACGGUUCAGAGCUUUAAUUGCGGACAUCAAGGCCAAGGGCUUUACGGGAUUUAAGGAGCCUCUGAGUAGGAAGUCAGAGCCGCGGGCGCAUCUAUAA